CGAGCAACAACCAGGUGGCGAAAAACGACAGGUGCUUUGCGUGUGAGGAGGACCCCAAUUUGACUGGGUCUGUGUUCUGGAAGAGGACGACUGGACGUUAAUUCCCCGAAGAGUCUCAGGCUCCUCAAAUUUUCUCUAUAUAACGAUGAUAGCUCCUCUUCCCUGAACACAAAAUAGAGAGUCAGCUAUCGUAAGAAGUUUAUUUGGCUGCUGCAGGAGGUAUUCUUCAGCGAAGAAAAGAGAGUAAAAGAACGACUUUCUGCAGAAGUUUUUAGCUAAUCUCUCAAAGUUGAAGAUAUAAGAAAAUGGCUCGCUCUUUCUCCAACGCUAAGCUUUUCUCUGCUUUCGUCGUUGACGGAAUCUCUAACGCUCUCUAUAGACGAGGAUACGCGGCGGCAUCACAAGGAGUUGCGUCGAACGUGGCAAGAGGGACUGGAGGAAGAAGUGGAGCGAUGAUGAAGAAAGGAGAAGAGAUUGUGAGAUCAAAUGAGGUAUCAUGGGUCCCAGACCCUGUAACCGGCGUCUACAGGCCUGAGAAUGGUGCCAACGAGAUCGACGUGGCGGAACUACGGGCCUCGCUCUUGAAGAACAAGAACUAAAUUAACACACAGAAAAUAAAAAAAAUCGUGGUUUAACAAAGGAAUUGCCAAAUGGAUGUGAUGGGUUUGAUAUGGUUAGCCCCCAGAGCUGUCGAGGUUUCCCGAAAAUUUCAUCAUCUUGGUUUGGAAUUGUUGUAGCUGCGAUUUAAUAUUUCGAUUGUUGUUAUUUAAUAUUAAAUGCAAUAUGAAUCAUGUGCUUGAAUUGGGAA